AUGGCUCCCAUCAAGACCUACGAAAUGGUUACCACCAACCUCAAGCGCACCAAGGCUGAACUCAGAGAUGUCAACAACGGCACAGCGACCUAUGAAGUUGAUCUCUCCUUCGCAACAACAGACCUACGGUCCUCGAAACCUGGACGACAUGGCAUAAUUCUACAAACCCCAUCCCCAUCCAAUCAAGUCCUCGGUACCUGUGACUUCACCUUUGGCUCCCUAAGCACACCCAUUCACCUCGGCUUUGGAGACUCUGUAGCUUCUCCGGAUACUGUAGUCUGGGAGGACAUAUACGUUCGCGAGAUAGCCAAACAAUCGGGCUUUGAGAUUGGCAUCGAUCUGGGCGGUUCCAUUGGUCGCAAGAUAUUUGACUGGAAGCGCACCAGUGCGGUCGAAAACAAGUCGGCUUUGAGUCAGAAAAUGGAUUGGCUGCACUUGAAAAUGGUGGAGAGGGAAACUGGUGUAGUUGUUGCAAAGUUCGUGCACAACUUCAUGUUUGGAAGCAAGAGAGGUACUUGGGAACUCGAAGAGUUUGAGGGUGGUGAUGAUUGGGAUAGGGUUGUGUUGUUGAGUGGAUUGGCGGUGCUUGAAUAUAUGCGGAAGAGUCAGGGGUGGUCAUAUUGA